UGGCUUGAAUUCUAGUUCAGUUAAUCUUGUUUAUUAGGAGAAGUCAUUCGUUUUCGAUAUAUAGCGAAUAAAAAACCACAAAAUGCCUCAAUGGCUGUCAUAAUUCGAGAUAACACUCUGGUAUAUUGUAAAAGCAGCCUAUUUGAUUUACUAACAUGGAAUCGAUUCCUUUUCUGAACAAUUAAAGUUUUAUUUAUUCAAAGUUAAUCAGUGAUUGCCAAAAAAAACCUUUCAAGUUCACCAUCAAUUGCAUAUUAAAAUGGAACUCCCAUUUACAAAACAUCUUCAAAAGUCAAAUUUAUUGAUGCAUGUAAUUAGCAUCGACAUUACUCAACAAAUUUUGGAGCUUUUCAUUUUUUUUCUGAAGUACUUGAAAUGUUUUUCUUUCAAUUGUCAUUUGAAUUUUGUUUAAAUCACAUCCAAUCAUGUACUGGGCAGUUAUACUUGGAUUAUUAGCAAUAAUUGCGAUCUUUGGUGUAAAAAUUGUCAAAAGGGCAGUCAAAAAAUGGAUACCUAAGGAUCUUGAUAAGUUUUUUAGAUCAAUCGAUAGACUUUCUUCUGAAAAGAUUUUCAAAGUGAAGUUCCUUCAUAAAGACAUGUACUUUGUCCAAGAUCCAGACUUGAUUCACAAAGUUCUAACAUCAGAAGUUUGCAUGGAAAAGCCACGAAUGAUUUACAAGUUUUUCGGACUUAAUGAUGGACUUUUGUGUUGUGGAUAUAAGCAGUGGCGAAGAGACAGAAAAAAUUUUAGCAGUUCAUUCAACAAUGUCAUGGUCAGUUGUUUCGUUCCGAUAUUUUGUAGAAUAGCAGACCGAAUGAUUUGCAAAAUUAAAAUGAAUGACUACAGUCAAAAGGAAGUAGACAUGAUACAUUUCACAGAGCGCUGCACGAUUUCGAUGAUUUUGGCUACGUCAUUCAACAUUUUUCCUGAAGAUAUUGCUAGUCCUGACGAAGAAAUCGGCAGAGUAGCUGAAGCUGUUAAAAUCACAUCUUUUAUGUUAUCCGAGCGAUUCAAGAAGUUUGUAAUGUUCUUUGACACUGUUUUUAAAAGAACUGAACAAUACAGACAGCAAAAUGAGAUUAGAGAUUCGUUGUACGAUCUAUUUCACAAAAUUCUAGAUGAAAAGACUAAAAAUGGUAAUAAUAAUGAAGAACAGCAGCCAUCAUUCUUCCAAAAUAUAUUUUACAAUAAAGUAAUGACCUUUAAAAAUGAAAUGACUGAAGAUCAAAUUAAAGACUCAAUAUUUACUGUCAUUGGCGCAGGUUUUGAGACAACAGGUACUGCAUCAGCUCACUGCAUUCUUUUUCUUGCUAUGCAUCCAGAAAUCCAAGAAAAGGUUCAUCAAGAGAUCAUGUCAGUCUUUCCAUCUGAUGACAUUGAGAUUACCUACGAUACUCUUUCAGAACUAAGUUAUCUUGAAAAUGUAAUGAAAGAAAGCCUUCGACUGGGUCCUACUGUUCAUUCAAUAGCACGAGAAGCUAUGGACAAUUUUGAGAUAUCGCCUGGCAAAGUCAUCAAACGUGGAUCGAUAUUUUGUAUCAAUAUUUACGGUCUCCAUCAUCGAAAAGACUUAUGGGGAGAAGAUGCAGAACUUUUCAAUCCCGAUCGCUUUCUUCCUGAGUAUUUCGAUGGCAAACAACAAUAUUUUAUUCCAUUUUCCAUUGGUAGACGUAAUUGCUUAGGCUAUAGAUAUGCAUACACUUCUUUUAAAGUUAUGAUGGUAAAGCUACUGAGAAAUUUUAAAUUCACAACAAACCUUAAGUUAAAUGAGAUCAAGUUCAAUCGUCAAAUCGCACUUAAACUGAUGGGUAAACAUUUAGUCAUGAUCGAAAAGAGACAUUAAGAAAUUUAACACUAAACUGUCAAUUAUUUUUCUAUAUUCACAUUUUCUAUCAAAAAAGCUUUAUAUUUUU